CAGAUUAUGGAUUCUUGUAAGUUGAUCUAUAAGAUGAAGCGCAACUUCCGCUAUCCCGUAGAUUUGAUUUCCAUCCUGUUUGUCAAUCACGCACUCUCGCAUUUAAGAAAAGUGAAAUAAAACAAAACAAAACAAAACUCAUCCAAGAAUUUAGAUCAAAGAGCUUGCAAUCAUGGACCAGCAGGUAGAGGUUGAGAACAAGGAUCAUGACCUAAAGCACCUGGCGUUUGUGAGGGUGGCUGCGUUCCAGGCGCUGGUUUGCGUGUCGAAUCUUUACGAUUACGCCAAACACAACUCCGGCCCGUUGAGAUCCACCGUUGGAACGUUCGAGGGUGCCGUUACUACCGUCGUGGGUCCCGUCUACCAGAAAUUUAAGGACGUCCCUGAUCAUCUUCUUGGCUUUCUUGAUAAGAAGGUGGAUGAGGCUUCGCAUAAAUUUGAAGAGCAUGCUCCGGCGGCAGCUAAGCAAGUGGUUAGGCAAGCCCAGGAUUUGGUCCACAAGACAGCAGAAAAGGCUCAGAAAUUAGUAGAUGAGGCUCGAAGCAACGGACCGUGGGGAGCUUUGCACUACGCUGCAGAUGAGUACAAGCACUUUGUUCUGGUAAACUCAACAAAGUUGUGGGUUAAACUGAAUCACAAUUCAGCUUUCCACUCGGUGGCACAGAUGGUUGUUCCCACUGCUGCUAAUUUGUCUGACAAAUAUAACUGUUUAGUUAAGGAUUUGAGUGGGAAAGGUUACACUGUGUUUGGGUAUCUGCCUUUAAUUCCUAUUGAUGAGUUAGCUAAGGCUGUUAAGCAAGCUGAAGCAAAGGACGAAGCACAUGUAGAUGCUCAUAAAUCAGAUUCAGAUCAAGAUUAGAGGUUUUCUUUCGUUGGUUGUCUCUGGUGUGCAGAAAUCUGAAAGUGGUAUGUAGUUGUUAUUGUUGUGUGGACACUGAUACAGUUUUGCCAUUGUAAAUUGGGUAUUAGUUUUAGCUCUUUGCAAUGUGAGUCAAUAUGAAUUGUUCUUGAAGAUGCUA